AGUACCCCCCCCUCCCCCCUCCCCCCUCCCGAGAAGUUUCCCGUCUCCGAUAAUCGUUACAGAAAGAAACAAUUUUUUUUGUUCUUGUUAAUCCGGAGGUGGUUUCAAGACAGAAACUUGAAUAAGUUAGCUCCUGAUUUCGCUUUACUGCUUGUUUGCUAGUCAGUUUUAUCGCUCCGUUCACUGGUACCUUGUGGAGAGCUAGCCUCGCCGGCUAACCACUUUUUCUGGAGACUCCGCUUGAAACACACCUAGAAGGAAUGAACCACAAAAGUAAGAAACGAAUCAAAGAAGCGAAACGGAGUGCUAGACCUGAACUAAAGGAUUCACUUGACUGGACAAAACAUAACUACUUCGAGACUUUUGAUCUUUCGCACCGGACAGUGAAGGACAAUGUGGAGCGGGUGGAUGCCUUGCACCUGAGCCCAGAAGAGUUCAUUCAGCGCUUCGAGAAACCGUACAAGCCUGUAGUUCUUCUUAAUUGCCAGGAGUCAUGGCCUGCCCGGGAGAAAUGGACCCUGGAACGCCUGAAGCGCAAGUACCGUAACCAGAAAUUCAAGUGUGGGGAGGACAAUGAUGGCUACUCUGUGAAGAUGAAGAUGAAGUACUAUGUUGAAUAUAUGGAGUCCACGCGAGAUGACAGUCCGCUCUAUAUCUUCGACAGCAGUUUCGGUGAGCAUGCCAAACGCCGCAAGCUGCUUGAAGACUAUCAGGUGCCACUCUUCUUUAGAGAUGAUCUCUUUCAAUUUGCUGGAGAGAAGCGCCGACCACCUUACAGGUGGUUUGUGAUGGGCCCUGCACGCUCUGGCACAGGCAUUCACAUCGACCCACUGGGCACGAGUGCAUGGAAUGCCCUGGUGCAGGGUCAUAAGCGCUGGUGCCUGUUCCCCACACACACACCACGUGAGCUUAUCAAGGUGACACGAGAAGUGGGCGGCAACCAGCAGGAUGAGGCCAUCACCUGGUUCCGUGUGAUUUACCCACGCACACAAUUACCUUCCUGGCCUGCUGAAUUCAGGCCACUGGAGGUUCUGCAGCGCCCUGGAGAAACUGUCUUUGUUCCUGGUGGCUGGUGGCAUGUUGUCCUCAACUUGGAGACUACCAUUGCAGUCACUCAGAACUUCGCAAGUACCACAAACUUUCCCAUUGUUUGGCACAAGACUGUUCGUGGGCGGCCUAAACUCUCCAGGAAGUGGUACAGAAUUCUAAAACAGGAGCGGCCAGAUUUAGCGGCGCUGGCAGACAAAGUGGACCUGCAGGAGUCCACAGGCAUUGCUUCAGACAGCUCUAGUGACUCCUCAUCCUCCUCUUCCUCUAGUUCCUCUGAUUCUGAUUCAGAGGCUGAAUCAGGCUCUGAGGGUGAUGCCAUGACCCAUCGCAGGAAGAAGCGAAGAACCUGUGUCAUGAUGGAAAAUGGUGAUAGCACAAGCCAAGAUGACUGUGUGAGCAAAGAGCGUAGCUCCUCUCGAUGACCUUCUCCCUUGCUCCACCAGAGGGAUCUCUCACUUUCUCUCACUCUGGUUUGCUUCCCAGAUAAAUCACUAAUGACUUAAUUGGCACACGAACAAAGGAAUGUCCAUAUGUACAUGGUAUUUGUUUGACAGAGUGAACACGAAAUACUGGCGUAAGGAUUAUGUCUGUGGUCUUUGCAUAAUGGCAGGCUGUACAGUACAUCCUUUUUCUUGCCCUAUUGAUAAAUUCUUAUAUUGGGAUGAGUGUUGGUAGUGAUGUGUUCAUCUUCCACACUCUAUCUCACUUAAUAUACUGGAGAUGGCUUAUUUGUAAGUGUAAUUUUGCCUUCUUUGGCUUCCUCCUUACUGAUCUGUUACUGUUGUUCAGUAUUGUUAUGCCCAAGCUUUACACUUAUGGAUCCUGAUGCAGUAUAAACUAAAGUAACUAUAUGAACAUUGUUGCUUGAUAACAUGUAUCAGCCCAUAUGGCUGCAUUACUGCAGGGGUUUUAUGAAUACUGAAUUCACGUUUGAUUUUAUAUUUCUGAAGUUCACUUUUUAGUAGAGUAAUACUCCAGUUUUUAAUCUAUGUACUGCAUCUCUAGUGUAUAUGCACACAAUUACAAUACACUUCUCUGUACUGAGAAUCGAACGCUCCCUCCUCCUGGAAAUCUAAAGGUGGUAUUAAAAUGUCAAUAAAUGUUUGUGAUACAUA